GUAUGCCAGUGCCGAAGAACUUAAAGGUCAAAUGUUGGCGACGGCAUUCUUCCUCAAUGCGGGCGAUGCGCUCGGACCGGCCGGGCAUGCGUACGAGGGAAAAAGGAGACACAAUUCAGGCAGGUCAAGGGUCCAGGACAAGGGCCACGAACUCGAUUCCCACGAAAUCAGGUGUGGCUUCGACCGCCGCCGCGAGAUAGGAAUCGCCGCGACACCAACUGACUCGACCCGCUUGACCUUAGUGGAUUUUGUUUUGGAAUCCGGCAAUGGGGACCCUGACGAUGAAGCCCAUCCACUGAUUGAAAGCGAGUUCCGAGUCGCCGACAGAGAGUUGAGCCAGCCGGACAACAGGCCAUCCCCGAGCAGCCAGAGCCAUCUCUCCCAGUCUCUUGGCUCCCAACCAGCUCGUUCGGGGGAAGAGCCAAAACUACACACAUACCGGACCAAUCGAGAUGGAAUGAAACAUCACCCACCUUUCCACCCGACCGGUGUACGUCGCGAGUUGCGACCAGGUCAACGAUCCUGGCCUUUGAGAGACCCGGAAGAGGCCUACCUAUUGAAACACUUCGUGGAUCGCAUCGCAUCCUUUUUUGACUGCACAGAUCGACAGCAACAUUUCGCGGUACACAUCCCUCACAGGGCACGAUAUUGCGACACGUUAUUCAACGCCCUCAUGGCCCUCUCUGCCCGUCACUUGAGUUGUACUACGACCUUUGACCCCUAUGUAUCAGAUCAAUACUACCAGGCCUGUUUAGAAACCCUGAUUCCCGCUUUAAGCAACCACGGGGUUACAAUGGAUGACGAUCUGCUGGCCGCGACGGUGAUCCUCCGGCUGCUGGAAGAAUUCGAUGUCCCACUGGCGGGAUCGGAUCUUCGUGGCCAUUCCUUUGGGACUAAAGCAUUCAUCCAGGGCCCGCCGCCUUCCACGACGACGACCCCGAGUCUACGACAGGCGGUCUAUUGGAGUGGGCUUCGACAAGAGAUCUACAAUGCCCUGAGUUUACAGCAAGCACCGGAUAUUGACUUGAGCUCCCUUCACUCCCUGUUCACUGCUUUGGGGCCCGAUGCUGGCGAUUGCGCGUGGGCAAAUCAAGCAAUUGCGCAUUGCGCUGAUGUGCUUCUAUUUUCGUUCGGCGACGGACCCCGCUCGGUGGCGGUGCAUGAAAGCUUGCAGAAGAAGACUGAACGGUGGAGCGAGGCGAGGCCAGCCUCGUUUGACCCCUAUUUUGUAGGGAGUGACGAGGUGGAGAUAGGUGCAAACUUUCCCGACAUUCGUUUCAGUUGUCCCUGGCACGCGAUUGGCAACCAAUAUAACGAGCUGGCCCGCAUUCUGCUUUCAGUGCAUAACCCUGGACAUCCUACCGUGGGACCCUUGCGGCGACGGUUUGUUCAGGAAGCUGAUUAUCAGAUCCGCAAGGGGGUCUGGACCGUCUGUGGUGUGGCGUUGGCUAACGACGCCGUGCCUCCAGCGAUGGUAGUGGGGUGCAUGGCAAUCCAUCUCUGUGGCGAUCGAUUCACGGAUCGGCAGGAACAAGAAAGGUUGAUCCAAAUCCUGAUCCGCACCGACUCAUCGCACGGAUGGCCAACUCAUGCGCUGCAGCGCCAAUUGCGGGAGACCUGGGGGAUGUCUUGA